GAAGCAGAAGUGGAGGGAGACGGUUGCAGGAUUCAGGAUUUCUUCAAGGAAACAUGUUUCUACUAAACUUCUGCUCUCGAGGUGUCUCAGUAGUAGCUGCUGCUGUAUCCAAGCACCACCCCCAAUUACCCAAUUAUACUGUCAAUAAUAAUAAUACUAUUAAUUAUUCUUGUUUUCAUACACCUUUUUCUUCUCUGACCUCUCCUCUUGGACUUAUUAAUACUGCCACUACCACCCCAGCAGCCGCUGUGGACCAUAGACGGAGAUUUCCUACUCCUCUCGCCUCGUCGGCGUCGUCGUCCUCUCUCGCCACCAGCACCAGUUCCCCUGCUCCCAUGGGCAACAACGCUCCCGAUUCCGGCAUGGACGCCGUCCAGCGGCGGCUCAUGUUCGAAGACGAAUGCAUUUUAGUGGAUGAGAAUGACAACGUUGUAGGCCAUGACUCAAAAUACAAUUGUCACUUGAUGGAAAAAAUAGAAUCUGAGAAUUUGCUCCACAGAGCAUUUAGUGUUUUUCUAUUUAACUCAAAAUAUGAGUUGCUCCUUCAGCAACGGUCAGCGACAAAGGUAACAUUCCCUCUUGUGUGGACAAACACCUGCUGCAGUCAUCCACUUUAUCGCGAAUCUGAGCUUAUUGAAGAGAAUUAUCUUGGGGUGAGGAAUGCUGCACAAAGGAAACUUUUUGAUGAACUGGGUAUUCCUGCUGAAGAUGUACCAGUGGAUCAAUUCACCCCCCUUGGUCGAAUUCUAUACAAGGCUCCUUCUGAUGGAAAGUGGGGAGAGCAUGAAUUGGAUUACCUACUCUUCAUCGUUAGAGAUGUCAAUGUGCAGCCAAACCCUGAUGAAGUCGCUGAUGUUAAGUAUGUUAAUCGGAAUCAGUUGAAAGAGCUGGUGAGAAAGGCAGAUGCAGGCGAAGAGGGUCUCAAGUUAUCCCCUUGGUUUAGGUUGGUUGUGGACAAUUUCUUGCUCAAAUGGUGGGACCAUGUUGAAAAAGGGACCCUCCAUGAAGCUGCAGACAUGAAAACCAUUCAUAAGCUGACCUAAGGGCGGUGGGGUCUAAGGAGAGCUAUAUCCUACAGAUGGCUUUAUUCAAUAAAUCAAUGGUGUUUAGUUGUCUAUUUUGUUAUUAGGACCUAUCCUUUUGGAAUGCUUUGUUAUGGCCCUUAUGGGCAAGCCAGAAGGAUUUUAAUUCAGUAAUAAAUGCCUUAAAAUUGUCAAAAUGGUUAUUUUCAGUCACAAAUAAAUUUGAAUUUUAAUCUU